UGACGGUUGAAUUUUUGACUCUUCUCUUUUGCAAUGUUCAUGUAUGUAAAGUUGGUGAAAUAUGCUCCCAGAUGAGCAGCCAGUCGAGUACAUACUCGACAGCAUAGACACGAUCAUGGCUGCCUCAGCACAACCCAAAGUCAUCCUCUUUGACAUUGGUGGUGUCGUUCUCGCGUCACCUUUCCAAUCCAUCCUGGACUACGAGCUGAGCCUCGGAAUCCCACCAGGCUGGGUCAACUACUCCAUCUCCAAGACAUCACCAGAUGGCUACUGGCACCGGCUGGAGACAGGCCGGAUCCCCCUGGACGACGCCUUCUACAGUGGCUUCUCUGAGGACCUACACAGCCCCACGCUGUGGCAGGCCUUCUACGAGACACAGCGGGCCAAGAACCCGACCUUGCCCAAGGAAACACCGCCCGUUCCCAGACUCGACGCCGAGUGGCUCUUCAACGACAUGAUGGCAACGGCAAGGCACCCAGACCCCUGGAUGUUCCCGGCCCUCCAAAAACUCCAGGCGAGCGGCAAGUACAUCCUCGCAGCCCUCAGCAAUACCAUCAUCUUCCCGCCUGGACAUGAGCUGCACCGGCCUGACCCUACUGGAGACCCCGUCCGUGGUCUCUUUGAUGUCUUCAUCUCGUCUGCCCACGUGGGCAUGAGGAAGCCCGAUCCUCGGGUGUACCAGUAUGCACUGCAGCAGGUCAACAAGUUCGCCGAGGAGAAUGCCAGCUCGGCCAGGGGCAAGAAACUGGGCUGGGGAGAAGGCAUCCAGGCUGGUGAUGUUGUCUUUCUGGAUGACAUCGGGGCGAAUCUGAAGGGAGGCAAGAAGGCUGGUUUCCGCACGGUCAAGGUGGACCUGGGCAGGGCGUACCAGGCAGUCGACGAGCUGGAGAGGAUCACGGGCUUGAAGCUGGCCGGGACUCACCCCAAGGUGGCGAUAAGACCAAAGCUGAAGAGCUCAGGAAAGCCAAGGAUAUGAUUAGACAGCCAUAACCAAACAACAACCAAAUACGAGACAAAAGUCCACACAG